AAUGGUCGGGCAAAGCGUUAUUUUUAGAUUGCUGAUGAUUCUGGCGCCGCUGUUGCUGCUGGAAUCCCCACCAGCUGAUUGUGCCAACAUUUUGGGUCUGUUCAGCACAAUAAGUCCCUCACAUUUGAUUGUACACAUGUCGGUGAUGAGAACGCUGGCAGAUCGUGGCCACAAUGUAACCAUUGUGUCAGCCCUCAAGCCCAAGCUGGUGCCGCACGAGAAUAUAACGGUGAUUAUGGCACCAUUUAGUGAAGAGCUCAACGCUCGCAUCGCUCUCCAUUUGGAGAACUCAUCAAAGGAGAAGUCAAACAUUUUCUACAGCAUUAUGAAAACAAUGAAUACAUUGCUGGAUAGCCAAUUAGAGUUCCUAAAGCAUCCCAAUGUCGCAGCCAUUUAUGAGAAGCCGCAAGUGAAAUAUGAUCUUUUGGUCUUGGGCUAUGUUAUGAAUGAUUUUCAGUUGGGCGUGGCAGCCAAAUGGGAUAUUCCCAUUGUAGUUAGCUGGAUAAUGGGACCGUUUGGCUUUAUCGACGAUCAGGUGGGCAACAUCUACGAUCCAUCCUAUGUGCCCAGUUUACCUAUGAGCAACAACAAGGAUGCUCGAGUCCUCGACUUUGGGUUGCGACUUCGCAAUUUCGGCAUCUGGAUUUGCAUGAAGGCCAUCACAUCGGCAAUUGACACACAAAUGAAUAAAUAUUACAAACUCGCCUUUGGUCAGGAGGAUUCCGACUUUCCCACCUACCACGAGAUGAGGCGCAGGAUAUCGCUGCUCUUCUACAAUUAUCACUCACUCAGCGAGGGCCCGGUGCGUCCCACAGUGCCACAAUCCAUUGAAAUCGGUGGUAUACAGAUUAAGGAUCAGCCAGAUCCGUUGCCCAACGAGCUGGCCGAGUUUCUGGGCAAUGCCACAAAUGGCGCCAUCUUCUUUAGCCUGGGCACAAAUGUCAAAGCCACAUUUUUCCAGCCCCACAUCAUGGAGGCCAUCUUCAAUGUGCUCGCCCGCCAGCCGUUGAGCGUUAUCUGGAAAUGGGAUGAUCUGGAGCAUAAGCCAGGCCAGGCAGCGAAUAUAUACUUCAACAGUUGGCUGCCACAGGACGAUCUACUGGCUCAUCCGAAUAUCAAGCUGUUUAUUACCCAUGCGGGGAAAGGUGGCGUUGCGGAGGCCCAGUACCAUGGCGUGCCCAUGUUGGCUCUGCCCAUUUUCGGGGAUCAGCCGGCUAACGCUGAGGUAAUGGUCGCCUCUGGUUUUGGUAUAAGUCUGGACAUGCUCACCCUGACGGAGGAGCGCUUAGAACAGGGUAUAAAUGAGGUGCUAAGCAAUUCGACCUAUGUCAAGAAUGUGCGCAAAUUCUCUGUACUUUAUCGCGAUCGACCUUUGACCCCACGUCAAUCAGUCAUCUACUGGACGGAGUAUGUGUUGCGACACAAGGGUGCCUACCAUAUGCAGAGUCCCUCGCUGCACAUGCACUUUGUGGCACGCAACAAUCUCGAUGUGUGCGCCUUCGUUCUCUUCAUCAUCGCCAGCUCUUUGGUUGUCUUUGUCUUUUUGUUACGUCUCGUCUAUAAGCGAUUUACUCGCUCGCGAGACAAGGUCAAGAAAUGUUAGACACCUAUUUGUAGUUAAUUAAUCUAUUUUAUAAACUGUAUUUAUUACGCAUACGACGCGUGGCGCGACAAUACUAUAUAUAUAUAUAUAAAGAGUUAUAUACAAACCAUAUAAGUAGCAACAAGUUGCCAACUACCGAAUCAGCUAUUAAUAGGCAGCAAUUGUCUCUUUCGCUAUCGCUCUCUCCCUGUCACCUACACUGAGCGAAUAAGUAUGCAAUACUGUUACUAAUAAAUAAAAAAUUUGAAA